AUGGCGAUGAUGAUGACUGGCCGUGUGCUGCUGGUGUGUGCCCUCUGCGUGCUGUGGUGCCUCAGUGGUUUUGGAGCUGCAAGGGACAACCGCUGCGGUGAGGGUGGAGGGGACGUCUUUACGCAUGCAAAGAAAGAUGGAGAUGACAGGGUGCGCCUGAAGGCGGACUGCGGGCUGUUAUCCACCCGAAUGGGAUUAAUAAAUGCGGUUGCGGCUGGGGACGACGGUGAAGAUGGAAGUAAUAAUGCCGUAUUGGAAAAGACGGAGAAAUCACUGCAUAGUAGUGUCUUGGCUGGUCCUGGGGACAUUGCAGCGCCUGGUGCAAAAGGAGUGGAGGGUGCCGCAGGUGCAGGAUUACCUCCCUCGCCGUCUGGGCCUGGAGGAUCAGGUACAGGAGGAGAGCAGAGGCAGUCAGAACAGUUGGAUACAAAAGGAAAAGGGGAAGGAGGUAAGAGGGAUGAAAAGGGCGGUAAGGCAGCUGAGUCCCAACAACAAAGACCUGAUCAAUCUUCUUCAUCUGGCAGCGACGGCCCUCAGGGUGGCAAAGAACUCGCUUUGAAAGAAAAAUCCGAGAGUACUGAACCCUCCGUUGACACGCCGACACAAGAAGAUGAAGUUGAAACGGAGGAAACAAAUGUGUCAGAAAAAGAAGAACCUGGAGGAGACGAAGGAAAAAACAAUAACGUGGCACUCACAGUGACAAGUGAAAGUCAAGCGAAACUGAAAAAAACACAAACAGCAACACCACCAACAACGCAAGUGAAUGAACGGUCCCGCACUGAGGAUUUAGGAUACCCGCAACAGCCAAAAGGCGUCCAAAGCGACAUUGAGUCAAAAUACAAUUCACAAACUGAGGACGGUGUCUCCAUCGCAGCCAACCAACAGAAUGAACCAUCUGACGACCAUGGAAAAUCAGGAAUACCUUCACCCACGGCAAACGGUGGUGCCGCCAAUAAUGAAACUGACAAUAGCACUGAAGACGGCAUCUCAAACAGUGAUCCAGCAGCUGAUGCCACAGGGACACGAGAGGGAAAACAAAAUGAAAAUAAAGAUGCCAAUCCGAAAAAAACACCAGUGACGGCUGCAGCCAUGAAAACUACAACGGCGACGACUGGCGACAGUGACGGCAGCACCGCGGUCUCCCACACCACCUCCCAUCUUUUGCUUCUUCUUGUUGUUUUUGCUUGUGCGGCUGCUGCUGCGGUGGUGGCCGCGUGA